CGACCCAGGAGGGACACCCGAGUGCUUGUGGCCGUGUUACUUUUGCAGGGGUCCCGCCGCACCUCCAGGGGCCCGGCUGGGGUGCUGCGGGAACCCCCUCGGGGAGGCCACAAACCAAGCAUGGGGAAGAGCUGCAAAGUGGUCGUGUGUGGCCAGGCCUCCGUGGGCAAAACAUCAAUCUUGGAGCAGCUUCUGUAUGGGAACCAUGUAGUGGGUUCUGAGAUGAUUGAGACACAGGAGGACAUCUAUGUGGGCUCCAUCGAGACUGACCGGGGGGUGCGAGAGCAGGUGCGCUUCUAUGACACACGGGGACUCCGUGAUGGGGCCGAAUUGCCCCGACACUGCUUCUCUUGCACGGAUGGCUUUGUCCUGGUCUACAGCACAGACAGCCGGGAGUCCUUCCAGCGUGUGGAGAUGCUGAAGAAGGAGAUCGACAAGUCCAAGGACAAGAAAGAGGUUACUAUUGUGGUCCUUGGCAACAAAUGUGACCUGCAGGAGCAGCGCCGAGUUGACCCAGAUGUGGCGCAGCACUGGGCCAAGUCGGAGAAGGUGAAACUCUGGGAGGUGUCCGUGGCGGACCGACGCUCCCUCCUGGAGCCCUUCAUCUACCUGGCCAGCAAGAUGACCCAGCCCCAGAGCAAGUCCGCCUUCCCCCUGAGCCGCAAAAACAAGGGCAGUGGCUCCCUGGAUGGCUGAGGAACUGUCGUCACCAUUUCACUGUCCUAGACCCCAUCCAGCCUGGGUGGCCUCCAGAAGUGGGUUUCCAGGAGAGGGCAGAGCUAACAGUUGGGCUGUCAUCAACCAUGGGGUGGUGCUCCCACUGGGGCAGGCAGCCGGGUUAUACCUGGCCACCUUUGCUUCCUCCCAGCUCUGGGAACUGCAGGUCACCCCACUUCCACCCCCUCUGUUCCCAGGUGACUUCUGAAGGGGUUAUUGGAG